AUUUAAUUAUGCGUCCUCAUUAUGCUAGUAGUAUUGCAAACAUACAACCACCAAAAUAAUAAUAAUAUUUUGAAGGCAAUCGAAAGGGAGAAGUAAAUGAAUUAAAAAUGUACAAUUAUACAAUCCAUAUAGAUUGGUCAAAAAUAAUCUAAGUGAGAAGGAUGAUAAAAAGAAAAGAGAAGUUAUUAAAAAGGUUAUAGCUUAUAUGACAUUAGGUAUUAUUCAAUCUAUAAAAUUAGGAAUUGAUGUUUCUAAAAUAUUUCCUGAAAUGUGUAUGGCUUCUUAUACAAAUGACAUGGUUCAAAAGAAGAUGAUAUACUUAUAUCUAACUACAUACGCUGAAUAAAACAAAGAUUUAGCUUUUAUGGCAAUAAGUACAUUUUAAAAAGAUUGUAAACACAGUGAUCCUAAAAUAAGAGGAUUUGCUCUUAGAAAUCUUUGUUCAUUAAGGUUUAGUGGUGCAAUAGAAUAUUUGAUGCCUGCAAUAAAAGAAUCACUAUCUGAUAUUGAUCCAUAUGUAAGAAAAACAGCAAUAAUGGGAUGUGUAAAGGUUUAUUAUAUGUAACCAGAUUAUUUAAGCAACAUAGAGGAGCAAUUAUAUAAAAUGAUAAGUGAUAAUGAUCCUUUGGUAAUAAUAAAUGCAAUUCAUGCAUUGAAUGAAGUCUUAGCAUAAGAAGGAGGAAUGGCUUUAUCAAAGAAAUUAGUAGAUUACUUAUUAGGUAGAUUAAAAGAGUUUAAUGAAUGGGGUUAGGCAACUAUAUUAGAUGAAUUAUCAAAAUAUUAACCAAAAGAUGAUACAGAGAUGUUCAAUAUAAUGAAUUUACUAGAAGAGAGACUGAAACAUUCAUGUUCUGCGAUUGUGUUGGCAGUAAUAAAAGUUUUUAUGAAUUUUACAAAAAAUAAGCCAUAAAUUUAUUAGUAAGUUAUAACAAGAGUAAAAUCUCCGUUGGUUACUUUAGCAUCUAUAAGUGAGGGUAAUUUUGAAAUUAUGUAUACAAUACUAUGUCAUAUUAAAUUUAUUGCCUCAAAAGGAUACAAUUAAGUAUUUGCAUAAGAUUAUAAAUGCUUUUAUUCUAGAGUUGAUGAACCUACUUACAUAAAGUUAAUUAAACUAGAAAUCUUGUCUUUAAUUGCAUGUGAUAUAAAUUUAGGUGAUAUGUUGAAUGAAUUAGGAGAAUAUGUUACAGAUGUUGAUUAAGAAAUUUCUAAAAAAUCUAUAUAAGCAUUAGGAGCUAUUGCUAUACGAUUACCUGAUUUAGCAAAUGCAAUAGUAAAAUAAUUAUCUUCAUUUAUUACAUUGUAAGAUUACAUAACAAAUGAAAUAAUAAUAGUCUUUAAAGAUAUUCUUAGAAAAGAUCCAAAACAUAUUAAAGAUUGUUUGGAUAUUAUUUAAUCAGAUAGUGUUACUGAUUAAAAUUCUAAAAUAACACUCAUUUAUAUUUUAGGUUAAUUUGGAUCUUAGAUACCUUUAGCUCCAUAUAUUCUUUAGACUUUUGUAGGAUCAGCAGAAGAAUCUGUAGAACUUAAACAUGCCUUAUUGACUUCUUGCAUUAAAGUCUUUUUUACAAGAGCACCUGAAAUGUAAGAAAUAUUAGGUAAACUCUUUUACUGUAUUAUAAAUAAUGAAAACGAAGACAUUGAUUUGAAAGAUCGUGCUGCUUUUUAUUAUAGAGCUUUAUAAAAUAAUCCAAAUGAACUUAAAAAAUUAUGGUAAUAUGGAAUUAAAAUUGAUAAAUUUUUAGAAGAACAAAAUAUCAAUCAAGAAGCAUUAUUAUUUGAAUUUAAUUCUCUCUCUGUAAUAUAUGAGAAAAAUGUUAAUAAAUUUAUCAAAUCAUUUGAAUACUUUAAUAAUCUUAGAAAUAAAGAAUUAUAAGAUUAAAUCUAAGAAUCACAAUAAACAACUACUGAAAAACAAGAACCUAUUUAAGAUGGAUUUGAUAAUGAAUAAACUAUAACAAUUCCUAAUACACCUAAUUUACUAGAAAUUUCUAAUUAAUCAUAACCAUCAUUAACUAUUGAUAGUUUUGUAUUAGAUUAUAGAAUAGACGUUGAAUAUUUCGAAAAUAUGUGGACUAGUUUAAAUAAUGGGUAUUUAGAUAAUUAUAUUAUAUUAGUGCUUCGUUUACAAGAUAAUUAGCUAGAAUUGAUAUUGCAAAUGAAAAUUCCAUGGAAUAAUUAUUUAAUCGUUACAGAUUGUAUAAUAUAGCAGCUGGAGAAGAAGACAAUGUUUUGUAAAUGUAUUUUUAUGGAGCUCAUAAAUGUUAAGUGUUUUUUGAAUUUGAAAUUAAUAAAAAUUUGAAUACUGUUCUUCUAAAUACAAGAUCUGAAUUAGAAGAUUAAGCAUACUUAGCAUAAAAAUAUGUUUAAGAUUUUCUUAAAUAAUCAAAUUUAAUUAGUUGA